AUGGCGGCGAUCUGGGGCAACGCAGGUCAGGGUGGACAGUUCCCUCUGGAGCAGUGGUUCUAUGAGAUGCCACCUUGUACACGGUGGUGGACAGCUGCAACGGUACUGACAUCCGUGUUGGUACAAUGCCAUGUUCUCACUCCUUAUCAAUUAUUCUACAGCUUCCGGUCGGUGUUCGUCAAGUCACAGUACUGGAGACUCGUUACAACAUUCCUUUAUUUCGGGCCGUUAAAUCUGGAUCUGGUGUUCCACGUCUUCUUUCUCCAGCGGUACUCCCGACUACUUGAAGAAUCGGCCGGUCGUUCUCCUGCAUUUUUCUCCUGGUUGCUACUUUAUGCAACCUCUAUACUACUGCUUGCAUCGCCAUUCCUUUCCCUGCCGUUCUUGGGCUCUUCUCUCUCCGCUAGCCUGGUGUAUAUCUGGGGACGGAAGAACCCCGACACGAGGCUAAGCUUCCUCGGGCUCCUCGUCUUCACAGCGCCAUAUCUACCUUUCGUUCUCAUGGCGUUCAGCCUUGUCGUGCAUGGAACGAUUCCUAAGGAUGAAAUAUGUGGUGCCGUCGUGGGGCAUAUCUGGUAUUACUUCACGGAUGUAUACCCGCAGAUGUACGGAGGGGUGCGGCCAUUGGAUCCUCCCGCCUGGUGGAGGAGACUAUUUGAGGCUACCAAUACUCGAGACCAACGAGCCACGAAUGCAGCACAUAUAAACAACGACAUGGCUGCCAUUGCUGCUCGGGAAGUGAGAUGA